UUCUACCUUUCCUUUAGUACCUGGACUGGAUCUGUAGAGCUACAACAAUAAUAUUCAUAACUGAAGAUCAUUGGUUCUAUCCACCAUGUCCUGUAUGAUCAUAACAAGGAAGAAGUAACAAAGUGAAACAUUAAUCUAUCUGCAGCAUGACAGUCAGCUGGCUAUUACAGAUGUGCAGAAUAAUUGUUGAAGUUUGUGCAUCCUUCACUCACCAAUCACCAUAGUCUUCUUCAAUCUUCAUUCACCAGUCACCACUCAGCUGAGAAACCCAGCAAAACUUUUGAGAUUUUCCACGGCUCUGUUCAUGGCUCUAUUCCGAGGUCACAAGCCCUUGCUUUUCAAAUAUACUACUUCUCCUUCUGGAUUUACUUAUGACAUGUUCUUGAGCUUUAGAGGGAAAGAUACUCGGAAGAAUUUUACUGGUCACCUCUACACUGCCUUGGUCAACGCCGGAUAUCGUACUUUCCUGGAUGACCCUGAACUUGAGAGAGGGGAAAAUAUCAAGGAAAAGCUUGAGAAUGCCAUUCAACAGUCUCGGAGUUCUGUGAUUGUGUUUUCAGAAGACUACACCUCUUCCAGAUGGUGUCUGGACGAGCUUGUAAUGAUCCUUGAACGCAAGAGGACCUCUGAUCAUGCCGUGUUACCGGUCUUCUACAAAGUUGAUCCAUCUGAAGUGAGGAAGCAGGCAAAAAGUCUUGCCGGUGUUCGUAAAUACCAUGAAAUUCAAUCCUCGGAGAAGUUGAAUGAAUGGCGGGCAGCACUUGGGGAAGUGGCAGAUCUAGCAGGCAUGGUCUCAGAAAAUGAAGCCGAUGGGUAUGCAUGCAGAAUAUACAUUUUCGAUUAA